UGUAUCAGGGUACAACAUAUAUUGCAUUUAGCAGCUUGAAACUAUCAACAGUUGCUAUCUUCAAACGAUCAACAGUUGCUUGGUUGUUUUUUAGUGUUCUCCAAUAUCUAAAAAUUUAUUCCUUUCCUAUCAAAAACAAGAGCAACAUCCCAGCUAUUCCCUACAAAUUACAAACAACAGUUUGUAUAGUGAUUCCUUUUAUGGCUUCCUAUAUAUUGAGCUAAACAUAACCUUAAAUGAGUGAUUAUGAUCAUUCUAAUUCUGUGAUUGAUUAAGCAAAAUCUGCAUUGUGUGUUCAAGGAAGUUAUUGUGUAUACUGUUAUGCAUUAAUGUGUGGAAAAAAUAGCGGGGCUUCUCUGCAUUUUUUGGUUAUGACAGUGAGGAGGUUUAGGGGUACCUAGAAUUUGGUUACUCCCUACCCAAAAAAAGACGGUAUAUAUUAACUAUGGUACUUCUUAUUAGAAUUUUCCUAUGUAUUAGUUUGAAAAUUUUGGAUACUUCGAAGCCUUAAAGGAGGAAUUUUGUUAAAUUAUUGAUUUCCAUUUUGUUUCGUUUCUGAUUUUAAUAACAGGCGAGUUUUUUUUUUUUUUGUUUUGUCGACGAUUUUCUUGAUGAAAUACUACUAGGGUUUACAAUUUUAUAAAUCAUGGGAAGUUUGAGGAAAGCGAAACUAGCAAUCCAUUCAUUUCGAAGUCUUGGUUCAAAGAUAUUCAAUGGUGGACGAAACUCAAUUCGUGAAGGUAAUCAUCAAUUCAAUGAAUUUAUUUCUAGUAAUAAUUCAUCAUCCCUGAAUACUAAUAUCUUUAGAGGGUCUGGGUCUUCAUUGAUUCGUUCAAAGUUUACUUCUUUUCAACAAAAUCACCAAAGAAAUGUAUUUUUGAAUGGUGGGGGGCGUAGGUUUUACUAUGUGGAUCGGAAUCAAGUUCAACAUUUCAAACCAAGAGGACCAAAAAAAUGGUUUGAAAACCCUAGGAAUGUAUUGGUUGUAGUUUUAAUCAGUGGAGGAUUGAUUAUUACUGUAUAUGAUGGAAAUUGCGAAACAAUUCCUUAUACGAAAAGAACUCAUUUUGUUCUUUUAUCAAAAGAAUUAGAGAGAAAAAUGGGAGAAGAAAGUUUGAAUCAGAUAAAGAAUGCAUAUAAAGGGAAGAUACUACCAGCAAUACAUCCUGAAAGUGUUAAAGUUAGAUUGAUAGCGAAAGAUAUUAUUGGAGCUUUAGAAAGAGGGAUUAAACAUGAACAAGUAUGGAGUGAUCCUGAGUAUAGCAAUCAAAAUAUCGAGACUGAUGAUGAGAAUUCUAGAGAAGCUGUUAUUGCUUUGAUUGGCGGUGGUGAAGGUAAAAUAGAUGGGAAUUGGAGGAAAGAAGAGGAAGUUCUUGAUGAUAAAUGGGUUCAAGAAAGUAGAAAGAAAGGUCGAGAGAAAGGUGCUAAAGUUGCUACUCAUCAUUUGGAAGGAAUGAAUUGGGAAGUUUUGGUUAUCGAUGAACCAAUUGUUAAUGCAUUUUGUAUUCCUGGUGGGAAGAUUGUUGUUUUCACUGGUUUGCUUGAUCAUUUUAGAACAGACGCUGAGAUAGCUACAAUUAUUUCACAUGAGGUUGGGCAUGUUGUCGCAAGACAUGGAGCUGAACAAAUGUCAAACAAUAUGUGGUUUACAAUUCUGCAAAUAGUUCUUAUGCAGUUUGUUGGUAUGCCUGAUCUUGUAAACAUGACAUCACAAUUUUUCCUCAAGCUUCCUUUCUCUCGGAGAUUAUAUAGGGGUACUCUUGCUUGCCUCAGCUGGAUAUGAUCCUCGGGUGGCGCCCCAAGUGUAUGAGAAGCUUGGGGAGGUCACUGGAGACACGGCGUUGAAUGAUUAUCUUGCUACACAUCCAUCUGGAAAAAAGAGAGCCCUGGUGCUAUCCCAAGCCAAAGUUAUGGAAGAAGCCUUCAGCAUAUACAGAGAAUCAAGUUCAGGCAGGGGUGUCGAAGGCUUCCUGUAAGGAAGAAAAGUUGCACUUCCUUCGUACCACUGGAAUGUAUUUCUUUUGCCGAGUGUAUUUCAUAUAUAUAUAUGUAUGAAAUAUUAAACCUUAUAUUUAGCAUUUUUUUUUUGUAAGUAUCUCCCCCGAGCUCUGCGACUAAUAUUUAGCACUUUUAUCUCGUUGUAUAAUUUUUAGAGAUGAUGUUUUUGUUGCCACGCAGGCAGAUGGAAUCAAUAAACUAGAAGAAA